GUGGCCGAAUGACUGUGAGCUGGUCUCACAUGAUGUGUGGGCUAAUGGACAGCAAAACAUCAGCCACAUCUGUGAGUUAGGAGAGUAAAUAAUUAUGGAAAAUGAUCAAACAAAUAAGAACAGCAGCUCCUGGUGUACAUUUUUCCACGCAGAUCCAGAUGACUAUCGAUGUGAUGUAAUUCUCACAGUGAAAAGAGCCACUGGAGCCUUUUCUCUAGUAGCAUGCCUUUUUAUGUUGUUUGUGAUAUGGUUGCUGCGCCGAUAUAACUCUUUGGCUCAGAAAAUGAUAGUCAGUCUCACAGUGGCAGCAUUCUUUGACAGCGUUGCAUAUGUCAUGGGAGAGUCUUAUGCUGAGGGAUCUCUGUGUAACCUCCAAGCCUGGUGGUUAACAUAUUUUGUGUGUGUUGCAGACUGGAGUGCUCUGGCUUGGGUGUGUCUUAUCACUUUGAAUCUCUACCUGAACCUGGUCAGGGAGAUCAGGACUGAACAUUAUGAGAUACCAUAUCAUUUAGUGGCAUGGGGGGUUCCUCUCCUUAUGUCUUGUCUCCCACUGAUGAGAGGACACUAUGGUUCAGCUGGAGUCUGGUGCUGGAUCACAGAUGACCAUGUGGCUUGGAGGUUUGGCAUAUGGUACAUACCGCUCUUCACCCUCAUCUUUCUCAUGAUCUGCUGUUAUGCACGCAUUAUCUGUGUAGCCAAUGAUAGGAUGCAGUCCUGGCUAGGCACCUUUAACCCAGAGAGGGAGAGGAGGAAGAUAUCUCUAGCUGAGGAGAUCCGUCCUCUGAAGUGGUAUCCUUCUGUAUAUCUGCUGGUCUCUAUAUUUCCUCUUUUAAAUCGGCUUCAUAAUGCUGUGUAUCCUAAGAAGCCAGUGUUCUCUCUCACGCUGCUGCAUGUGCUCAGUGCACCUCUUCAUGGCCUGGCCAACGCAUUAGUCUUUGGCAAGGACACCUGGAGUCAGCUCAGCAACACGGGAAUCAAACUGGCCCUUCGGUCUCGGCUGUGUGACAGCACGCGGAUUGGCGAGUAUCACCCAGCGAGUGUGAGAUACACAGCCAAGCUCGAGUCAGAUUCUGACGAUGAUGAUAACAAUGUCCUCUUCUACAGCACUGACAUGAGCCUGAAAGACAGAGGACCCUGAAUGGUUAUGGGGUGGUGGAUGUAUUUGUGUGUGUUUUUUAUUUUCACACUUCUUGCCUUUUAGGAAAUCACAGAUCUUCGCUCAUGCUAUUAUUUCAGUAUUAUGCUUGAUACAGAGGGGAACAAAAAAAAAAAGGAAAGAAUUUGAAUAAAGAGGACUGCGUUUUUCUUGCCUUUAAAGAAUAGGUGACUGCAGCAUGGUACUGUACAAAGUGUAAAAAGGGAGAGCGUUUUAACUGAAUGUCCUCUGUAUUGAGAGCUUUGUUGUCAUUUGUUUGAGAUUCAUAUCUCCGUUUUGUACAGACUUUUUUUCCGGCUGUGCAUUUGAACUGCGGUGAUAUUUCGGUGAGCGAUUUGAGCGUGUAUUAUUGUUAUUUAUGGAAAUGUAUGCUAUAUUUUUGUACUUUGCAAAUAAUCUCAAUUUACAAUGUUCAUAAAUACUGUUCCUUAUUUA